UUUGGAAGAAUAAAAUGGUAUUUUCAGAACUAGAUGUGUUCAAGAAGUGAGCUUCCUCCAAAACCUCAAGUCAUAAACUCAGUAAAGCACUAGGAUUGGAUAGUGGCAAGGGGAAGGAAUCUGCCAAGGUCAUCCUCAAGCUGUACUAUAAGGCAUGGAGUGGGUUGACAAAAUUUAUCCGUUCCCAAGUAAAACAAAAUAGGCUUGUCUAUUUUCCCAUUGUUGGUUCAUUUGCAAAGAUUUGCAUCCUUGAUGCUAAUUCUCAGAGUGAGGAAAUAGUGUUCAUCCCUGAUCUAAAGUUCCUUGAUAAAGAGAAGCUCAGCUUUAGUGACAACAAGACAAAUAAAAAUCCGUAUGCUGAGAAUAAAGCUAGCAAGAUAAAGGUUAGCCCUUCCUCAAUAGCUCAGGUCUGAGGAGUUGACUCAGACUCGAUCAGUUAUAUCCUUAAGGAUAUUAUCUCCAGGGCUGUUCAAAUGGCUAAGAACAGCUUUGUCAGGUUAAACUUCAAAAUAGGAAGUCUGACUAUUCAGAAUUUCAGAGUGCAAUUCCAACAGCACGGAGAAAAUCAAAACUUCGAUUACUCUUCUCCAAGUUUGAAUAAAUUGAUUGGGAGAAAGAUCAAUAAUUCGUUUGGAGGAAUUUCUCCAGGGCUGAACCUAACCACAAGGUCUUCAGCUAAGACUCCGAUGUCUAGAAGCUCAAUGUACUCCGGAAGAUCAGUAAAUAUCCAUGCUAGUAAUCCAAACCCUCAAACCGGAGGAGAUAUUCAUCCUAGAUUCAACAAGACGAUGUACGAUACUUUCAUGGGAAAGGACUCUGGCUUAGCCAAAGAGAGACAGAUGUCACAGGAAAGAGGAGAAGUCCUCCCAUUCCCAUUUGUCUCCGGAAUGGUCGGUGGCCAUAGCUACAUUCGUCCUGGAAAGAAAGUCUUCUUUAACAAAAGACUCAACAACAAAGAGGUGCUCAACCAUCAGCUGCAGCAGAUAAACUACAACAUCAAGAAAAGAGAGAAUGACUACGAAAGCGAGAGAAAGCAGGACAAUGAAAUUCUCAGAGCCGCUAAAAUGAAAAUGAUGAAGGAGCAAGCUGAAAAACAAGAGCACGAAUACGUCUUCAAAAAUGAUUAUAAACUAAUCAAUGAGAAUAAACAGAUAGAGAAUAAAAAUAAAAAAAGGAUGCUUAGUGAAUCUAAAAAAUUCGAAACUUACAACUUCUUCCCCUUCACUCAUGGAGAUGAGAUCGAGAAGAAGAGGAUUCUCCAGAAGCAGCAACUCACUGAAGAAGUUAGAAACAAGUCUCAGGUCUCACAUAGUGAUAGAAAAAUGAUGGCUAGGAGUUUUACUGAUGGAUAUAGAUCAGAUGGGUACAGAUCGUUUGAUAAGACUGGGUUCAACUCAAUGAAAUCAACUAACGGACGUAUUCCAGUGAAGUACAUGACUGGAUACCCUGCUUUCCUGACUCCUUUCAAACAGUAUCCUUACAGGAGGCUAAACGACACUCAUGUAGAGUCAGUUAUGCAAAGCGCAGUUCAAAGAUACGAAGAAAGUCUCAAAAAUAUCAAGAAAGAAAGGGAAGAAGACAGAGAGCGUUUUAAUAAACAGCUUGAUGAAAACGAUAAAUAUGCCGAAGAGUUAGAAAUUAAGAAGAAAAAGUCCCAAAUGGAAAACAAACGCAUGCUCCUUGACCAGAUGCAGAGGGAGAGUUACAACAGACUCAAGCACAAGCUUCAAGAGAAGGAGAAGGUCAAUACUAAUUUUGGCCCAGAAGAAAAUGAUGCUACUAUAAAUAUGAAGAAAUCAUUCCAUAAGAGGAAUAUUGAUGAUAUCAAAGCAACUCUUGAAAAACAAAUGAUGGAGAAGUACCAGCUAUCUGAAGCUGAGAAAUUACAGGAAAGACUUGAAGAAUUAGACGCAGUGGAGAAAGCCAAGAUGGUAAUGCUUCAGGAAAGAGAAGAGCUCCAAGUUAAAGACAAGAACGCAAAGCAAAUUUGUAAGGAUGCAUGGAAGGAGCAGAUAAGAAUGAAGGAGAUCCAUAAGAAAACUGAUAAUCUCUUCAUAAACUAG